GCUGACUGGAAGCAAACCUCAGCAGCUCCCACUACAUACAGUGCAUAAAGCAAUUUUUUACAGCCUAAACUGUGACUAAUUAAGGCAGAAAGGUCACCAAUCGAGAGGUGACAUCGAGCUGAGCGAGAUGACAUCAUCCAAGCGACAUUUGGUGCAAUGCUCACCCGACAAGGGCGUGAGGCCUACCAACAUGACAGGCGCAGGAGAGACGGCCGUUUUCCUGACGCCACAACAGACCGCAUGUCGGCACAAGGGCCCUCGACCCUCCCCCCUCUGGACCGGCGGUGGUCAUCCCCCGGGAACACUCACCACCAAAGCGAUCCAGAACACAGAAUGGGCAGAAAAGCACUGCAUGGCCUGACCACGAUGGCUGGCGGCCCCGCUAAUUGUAAGGUACAACAGACACCCACGGAAUGGGCAGCGGCAUUCAAGAAAAAAUUUGAUGCCAUCUGCAGGUGAUUUUGGGAAAGCCUGGAGAACAAGCGACAGCCGCUGACACCAGCACUGGCCGGCGACAAGAUCACAGCACCCAAAGCACGAUGGCCGAGCAGAGUUCAGCCCACAGCAAGGCGCAAGGCCGAGGCACAGCCGUGGAGGCCCCAUUCGGGCAAAACGCACACCAGAACUACACUUUGCUAGCCUGUUGGCCCACCUGGGAACAGAGCCGCAUGGGACCUGACCCCUACACACCACUCACACCUGCGGAGGAAAGUAAGCUUGCGACAGCAACGAAGUGCGAACCUGCGCAACCCCACAUGGGGGAAGGACUUGGCCCCAAGAUGGCGGCGAGUCCGCAAGACACUGGUGCUGGCUCCUGCAAGGUCCCAGGGCAGGAGAGCCUCCUCCAGUUCACACAGUGUGACUGCCGUAGACACACAGGUCACUGAAGAGCAGUUGGGAAGACUCAGCAACAUACCUAAAAGCCCUGCAUUUAAAGUCUCCAAAACGGGCAUCAGCUGACCUGGUGCGGACUGACUAGCUAUCCAACUUCUGGUUUCAGCCCGAUCACACCAUGAGAACUCUCUCCUGCACACUCUGUUUUCUUUGUUUCUUGUUUUUAUAUGUUUCUCUACUCACUUGUAAACCGACUGAAGCCACAUCAUUUUACUUAUUUAUAUUAUUACUACGUAUAGCCUGUAACAGCUUUGUGGAGAUGAACAUGGGAUAACUCCCAUCACGCUUAUCAUAAUUGAAUAAUCCUGCAGUCGGCAUGCAUAUCCAGCUUAGCUCCCUAUGUUUGAAUGUCUAGCAAAUAAAAAAAAUAAAAAAGCUGAUAAUACAGUAUAGUGUGAUGCUGGCAGUAUUGUGCCAACUGUUCUCAGAUAUUCUACUCCAUAAACAAUAUAGAUUUACAUAGUUAGCCUGAGAAUGUUUGGCUAAUAUCUAGUCUGUUAAUUGCACAUGCCUGAGGUGGAUUGGUAUUUUCUAUGUCAUUUUUCAAAAAUUAGUGCAAUAUUCUCGACAUCUCAGGCAACACCGUGUAUGCCAUUUCUGAACUAUCUAAAUGAGCUUGUAUUUUCCGCUAUGCACUGAAAAAAUAUUGAAUGUUAAACAAAUCUUACUGCUACAGCAUGCUCGCCAGCCUAAUUCAGGCAUGAAUACAGCACCUCCUGUAACUCCUAAUAGACAGGUCUCCUAACUACCUAACUUACUUAUACAUGCUCUUGUUUAGCAAUCUAUAUAGGACGGCUGCCUUUCAUGUGUGUCCAGCAUGUUUAAUACCGACACAGUCUUGUAUUAUAUUCUGAUCUUUGUGUAUAUUACCUAACCUGGCAAGUCUCCUAGCCAAACUCACCCAUAUACGCCUGCACCUAGCCUGUACCAUAACUUUCAGCUGGAUAGGAAUUGUACUACCCCGUUUAUCUCCUGUUUAUGACAAAAAAAGAUGUGCAUGCCUUAUCCAAUGUUUUGCGAAGCCUGAGGAUUGCCGUUGGGGUACCUCAGGCCUGUUUGUACUAAUAUGCUCUGCAAAAAAAAAAAAAAGAAUAGAUCCCCUGUUUAGAAGAAGAUGCUUGAGAUAUCCCACCAAAAAAGGGAAUUUUUUUUUUUUUUUUUUUUAAAAACAAGCAGGACACGUAACACAUCCUUUUUUCACAAUCUUAAAUGUCACCUUUCGCUUGCUAAGAAAAACAAAAAAU